GCCUAACCUUAAUUCGUCUGGAUAUCGUGCAACGCAUUGCUCAUUUAUCUCUGACAACCAUUCCGAACCGCCAGUACGACGCUCAAUGGCCCAUAUUGUUUCCUGCAUGGCCAACAUCAGUGCCGACCACAGCCCGCCCAGAGAAUAUAUAGUUACACACAUUGCAGCCCAGAUGUCGACGGACUCGGUAAGUCGUUGCAGACCGUCCCUGGUGGAUAUUCACAAACCUCCAAUUCUUACACCACCCAACGCCACACAGCUUGCGUCAGUCUCAUCUGGCGAGGAGCGAAAGUCCUUUGUCUGGAGGAUGCAGCAACCAGAGAUUCGAAAGUACCAGCUCUUUCCGACGCAGAAGCAGCUCCCAACGCUGGCUGCCGGCAAACCCCUCGAUGUAGAGCAGCUCCAGUCGGCCGCUCAAGUGGCCGUCCCCGACAAGACGGAAAAAACUUCCUUGACUAGUGGCCUGCGUUCGCGAAUCAAGGAACACAACCUCAACAGAAGACGCAAAGUCAGCGUGCCAGAACUUGGACCUAUGACGACGGUUCAAGAAGUGGCCAUGGACUCUCCUACGAUACCGGGCCGUCCUGCCCUUCAUGAACGAUCUAUGAGCUCCCCAGUUGGUGCCGGACGUUACCAGUCAACCGAAGAGGCUCAGGGAACCUCUGGCGCCAUCCCACGUUCUGUCCCUGUCCUCGACACCACCAUUCCAAGGGCAGCGUUGUCCCCCAAGGACCUGGCCCCUUUGGUCAUUCCUUUGCAGGGCGCCACGCUUCCCACUUCCAGGCAGAUCGUCUCGCCCCCUGCACGCUCUCGAGCUGGGACAACUCCUCAAGACCAAUCGAUGCGGACGGUCACAACGCCAUUUACACCCAUGACUGCGUCAACGAUUGGUUACACUCCACGAUCGGCAAUGACAACAUCAACCAUGCCUACGCCAAUCUCAGCACCCGCCGAUGCCCGAUCCUCACCUGAGCCAUGGGGAGACAAGCAAAGCACAGCCACGGUCGCCGUGGUUGCUAAGCCAUCCUUCGAGACCCUCAACAUGGCCAGAAUGCCGUCUAUCGAGACCUUGCAACAAGGUAGCGCAUCUGCCCUCUCGUCUCACGGCCGAAGUGGCUCCGCAUCUGUCCUUCCCUUCCAGAACCGCACGGGAUCGGCCGCUGGUCACCGGAGGAAUCAGUCUGACACCGGCAGCAUCAUGGAACGUGGAAGACCUCGCAAAAGGGCUGAUGGCACUCUCAUCUCCGGGAAGGCUCAUAAACGCAGCUCCUCCCGGCAGAGCAGGAGUGCGGAGAGGCGUGCUUUUGAGGAGUUACCUCUGGGAUGGAAGCCUAGCGAUGCACGACACCUCGUUGAUGCUGUGGAGCUCGACCAGCUGCAGAGGCAGGCUGAGGACCAGGCGGUCCGCUUUGAUGUGCUCAGGAAGGACGACGUUGAUCGGUUAUCCCAGGAGCUUCGCCGCCUCGACGAGCGAACAGACUACCUGCGUCGCACGUACACAUCCCUCCGUGCUGGCCGCCGCAACCUGCACUCGCGCAUCUGCCAGUAUCUACGUUCCUCCCGGGGUUCGGCUUUCAGCCAGGAGGCGUUACUUAAACAAGAGGAGGCUCUGGCGGAGCUCGACGCAUCCAUCGACGAUUGGGUCUCCAAGCUUGAGCAUGCCGAGAACCGCCGCACUCGUGUCAGACAGAAGCUCCUGGAGCACGUCGCUGCUGCUGUCACCCUCGGGCCGGCACCUCGACAGGACGCCAGAACACACGAGGCCCCCCGCACAGUCCACGGCGCCAACGUCCUGCCCAUGAGCGCCACGGAUCUGUCGACUCCUCCCCGAAGCCCCAACAAGGAGACUUUCCUAAAGAUCGAGGCCUCGCCUUCUCCAUCCCCACAGCGUGUCGUCGCUCGCGUGCCAUCCGUAAUUCCCGAAGAGGCUGACAGCAUUAUCAACUGCCGGCUCUCGGCCGCGACCAUUGCACAGAACACAUUGGAGCGUAUGGAAAGCAUCCGCAUCUAUGCUGACAGCGAUGUUUAUGAACUUCUCGCCGACGUGGAGAGCGAGUUCACCAAGCUCAAUGGCACUCAAGCCGUCACUCCACAAGCAGUGCAGAGUCCUCAAUUUGACGCCAAGAGGAAAGAGCUCCACCGCGCUCGGAGUCACGAGUUACUGAACGGAUCCUCGAAAUUACCUGCCACAUCGACUUCUCCCACCAUCAAACCCCUGUACAACGCCACUUCUGCCGCCGAUGAUAGUUGCAUUAUUCUUUCGUCAGCCGUCUUUCAACCACAGCGUUCACAAACGCCGAAUUUCUGAAGCGUCCCAUCGUCUUUCUCUUCUCGAGCCUUCUCCCUCUAAAGACACGGCGGCUAUCCGCGUGUCAAAGCCCAGGCCCAUUAAUGCUGACUGCAUCCUCUCUCUUGAGAGGCUUCUCCUUCCAUGUCAUGGAGUUU